CAGCUGCCGUCCAGUCUCGAUCUCGUCUCUUCUCUUCGGUUGCGGAAGAGGCGAUCCAACCGGCAGAUUUUUAGGGCGCUGUUUUUAUUCCAAUCUUCUUCGCGUUUGAUUAAGGGGAGGUAUCAUCGCUAACCGCAUGGGUGACAGUUCUUCGAAUCGGCCGAAUGCGGAAGAGAUAUCGAAGAUGGGAAGCCCUAGCAUGGACUCUCGAUUAGUGGAUUCGCUAUCGAAAGGAUGGACGGAUGAAAAACAUACACUAUUUCUUAAUUCCAUUGAAUCCUCUUUUGUUAAUGAGCUACACAAUGGGGAAUACAACUCAAAGGCAUUUCUUGGUUGGAUAUCAAGAACUAAUGUGCAUAAAGGUUCUUGCAGACCAUAUGAAACUGAUCUGAAACCUGAUCAGUUCAAGGUAUUGCGUAAGGGUUGUUGGGAGAACCUCGUCUAUGAUAGAGACAAGAAGAAUGCACAGAUUGAAGUUGAUUCUUUUCCUUUAUCUGCAAAUCCUUGGAUUAAACAUUUUAGAUCACCUUGGAUUACGUCAGAGAAGAAUCUCAAAUCAUCUGAUAGGAUUCGUGAUUCUGAGUUCACUCGGCCUUCACUCCAUGUAGCAAGUGAGGGGCAUUAUGGAGAAGGAACAAGCAUAAAGCAAAAUUAUUCUCAAAAUCUUGAUGGUGACAGUGAAGAAGUGUCGGAUCAAAAUUUUUUGGAUGAUGUGCCUGUAUCUUGGAAAAGGUCAAGUAUCAUAGGUAGGAAACGCAAGCUGGGGGCUGCUGUGGUUCAUGAUUCAAUCAAUGAGCAACUAACUCCAUCUAGGAAUCCAUCUCUCAUGCCAACUUCUGAUGGAAAUCAUACUCCUCCGCAUGCGACAACUUCAGAAUCUAGCAGACGAACAUCAGAAGUUAUUGCAAGCACAUUGCUUUCGGACAGUAAAGAAGCGCUACGUGAUGACAAGGAAGUGAUCAGUUGAAUUUUCAGAAAGUUAACUGAAGCUUGUGGUUUACAUAAUCUCAGUAUAUAUAAAUCUUACUUCCUGGUUUUCAGAUAGUUUCAUGCAACUUUAGGAGGUGUUGAAUCAAAGCAAUACUGACAGUUCUUAAUCUUCCAAUUUGGAAGCUUCUGUUUCAUCACGGAGUAAGAUGUCCAUGUUUCAAUUCCUAAA